CGCUGUAGUACGAAUAAGAUAUUUCUUACUGGUCCUACAAUUAUUGUUACAUUGUGUAUCAGUCUGUAGCCUCUACACUGCGUAUUUGAUCGACACUGCUUACAUUUCAUAAUAAUAAUAUCAAUUAACGUUAAACGUCAUUUUAUUGGUUAUUAUUUAAUAUAAUUAAUUUACAUUAUGAACUCCGCCGAUUCAUCUUCGUCCGCCGUCAACGUAACCAUUACUGAUGAAUGUAUGGACUUUAAAUUAACAAACGAACAACUGUUGAAAUUAAUGGAUUUUUUGGAUGAAGACGUCAGAAAUGGGUUGGGCAUAGAAACCAACCCAUCAUCUGUUGUUAAGUGUUUUUCGACUUACGUCCAGGACUUACCAAACGGCACAGAAAGAGGAACAUUUUUGGCUUUAGACUUGGGUGGCACCAAUUUUCGCGUGCUAUCGAUUACAUUUGGAGAGAAUCGCCACUGCCACAUGGAUUCUAAGAUCUUCAAAGUUCCCAGUCACAUCCAAACUGGCUCAGGCAAUGAUUUAUUCAAUCAUAUUGCUAAAUGUCUGGCAGAAUUUAUAAAAAAGUACAAAUUGGACACCGAAACGGUAUUACCGUUGGGCUUUACGUUUAGUUUUCCACUUCAACAAACAGGACUCACCAACGGAUAUUUAAUUAGCUGGACAAAAGGUUUCGCAUGUGCAGAUGUAAUUGGCAGAGAUGUAGUCCUUAUGCUUAAGAAAGCUAUCUGGGCGAGAAAAGACAUAAAGAUUGACGUGGUCGGAAUAUUGAACGACACAACUGGUACACUCAUGUCAUGCGCCUGGAAGAACCCAAACACCAAAAUUGGACUUAUUGUCGGAACGGGCUGCAACGCGUGUUACGUUGAAAAGGUGGAGAACGCCGAACUUUUCACCGGCGACCACACGAAACCACAUGUGAUUGUGAACUCCGAGUGGGGUGCGUUUGGGGACGAUGGAAAAUUAGAUGCCAUUCGCACGAUAUACGAUCGGGAGAUCGACGAGGCUUCAUUGAACCCAGGAAAACAACGAUUUGAAAAAAUGAUCAGCGGUAUGUACAUGGGUGAGAUCGUGAGAUUGGUUAUCAUAGACUUGGUCAAUCAAGGCAAACUCUUCGAGGGAAGACUGUCCGAAGAAAUGAAUACUAAGGGAGCGUUUGAUACUACAUUCAUAUCCGAUAUUGAAAACGAUCCUAGAGGAGACUAUACAAACAUGUUGUUAGUUUUGAAUAAGAUGGGCAUCAAUGACCCAUCGUUGGUCGACUGUGUAAACGUGCGGUAUAUUUGCGAGUGCGUGUCCACUCGGUCAGCGCAUCUGGUGUCCGUCGGUCUAGCCGUGCUUCUCAACAAAAUGGACGAAACAUCCGUCACUAUCGGGGUCGAUGGUUCGGUUUAUCGGUUACAUCCGUGUUUCCAUAAGCUUGUAGUCGAAAAAACACGUGAACUAACAAGAUCCUACAUCAAUUUUGAGUUGAUGUUAUCUGAGGAUGGGAGUGGGCGUGGAGCUGCCCUAGUUGCAGCUGUAGCUUCCAGAAAUUAACUGCUAACAAAAAUGGACUGCGCUAUUUUUUUUAUAUAUUUUAUUUUAUUAGUUUUUAUUAGUUUUUAAUCGGUUUUUAAGGAAUAUAGUAGUAGGGUGUAGGUGAAUUUUAGUUAUUUAACAAUUUUCAACAUUCCCACUAAAUUGUAUGUUUGUUAUUGUUAAGUAAGUAAAUUGCAUAAUGUUAUAUAAAAGGGUUUUUUUGAAUUUUAAUACAUUUUACUAUCGAACCAAAA